AUGGACGAGAAGGAUUCUGCUAACAACGCGCCAUCACAGAAGAGAAGGACGCAGCAUGAUGAUUCCGCGCCCGACACAUCGAAGCCAUCCGCCGUCUUCCUUCCAGCUGGUGGACGAAGCCAUACUCUGAGCAUCGCGCUGCCCGGCAGCAUAAUAGCCAAUGCUCUCACCCACGACCAGAAGACAAGCUUGGCAGGACAGAUCGCUCGGGCAUGCGCAGUGUUCUGCGUCGAUGAGAUCGUUGUCUUUGAUGAUGGACAAGCCGAGAUUCGAGAUCCGGAGCAGGGAGGCUAUACCGCAUUCGCGGACCCCAACUUCUUCCUUUACCACGUCUUGACGUACUUGGAGACUCCACCAAAUCUCAGGAAGAGUCUCUUUCCCAUGCACCCGGAUCUUCGUAUUGCCGGUGCACUGCCCAGCUUGGAUAUGCCGCAUCAUCUCCGCUCAGAAGAGUGGUGUCAGUUUCGAGAGGGCAUCACGACCGGCGUUGGGAAUGGGAAUUCGACUUUGGUGGACUGUGGGCUGGGGCAGAGAGUCAAGAUCUCGGAUGAAGUCGAAGUGAACACUCGAGUCACAGUCCAGCUGCCAGAGCAGCGUCCUUCUAACCCCAAUGGCCCGAUCACCGGCGAAGCUGUAGCACCAGAGACUCCACGCGAACAGGCAGGCUAUUAUUGGGGCUACAGUGUGCGACAGGCGGCAUCACUCGGAUCCAUCUUCACCGAAUGUACUUUCGAUGGCGGCUACGAUGUCAGCAUUGGCACAAGCGAGAGAGGUUCGCCUCUGUCUGCCAUCCUCGAGUCGGGAAGCACAAGUUACGUGGAGCCGACCUGGAACCACCUCGUCGUGGUGUUUGGGGGCGUCACAGGCAUUGAAAUGGCGCUACGUGCAGACGAGGAACUGCAAGCUGCCGGGGUGUCAAAGGCAGAAGAGGUGUUUGAUUUUUGGAUCAAUUUAGUGCCUGGCCAGGGGAGCCGCACUAUCAGAACAGAAGAGGCUGUCUGGGUUGGCCUGACCGGUCUCCGAAAGCUGGUUGAGGACAGGAGUCAGCGUUGA